AAAAAAUGGCACAGAGAUUGGCCAUUAGAGCCAUUAGAGCUCAGUCCCUUUGUCCUUUUUCCUCAAAACAAAAAACCCAACUCCACUCCUUGCCAUUUUCCAAUCCUUCUUACUGUCACCUUUAAUCAUGGACUGUUUCAGAAUCUAAAAUUAACAGUGCCAUGGCUGAUUCCAGACAAACCCCAAAUCUCAAGAAGCUUGUUGGAUUCUUUUGGAAACUGGGCAGGCCGAAUGGUUCGUGUUCUGUUCUGCACUUCUGAUAAAUGUAUUGGAACAGUGUUUAUGAUUCAUAAUCUCACGUUUUCCAUUGAUUUUUGCGUAUGGUGCCAAAUGGUAAAAUUUUCUCAUCCAAUGAAUCCAAGAGAGAGCCAGGAAAUGUUGCCUGUUUUUCUUAUUCCCUACCCAUGAUGGAAGCAAAGGUCAAUAGUUUGUCUGUAGUGGGAAGGAAGUUUUGGAGGGCCCAACUCAGAACUUUUGGAUUUUGGCUGGAGUUGUCACGGGAAAUCGUUCCGAACCUCCAAUUCUCUGCGACAGAGAUAAAUUUCCAUCUCUUCUGUUCCUCGUUCCGCUGCAUUUUGCUCUUCAUGAGACCGCUAUUUCCAAAAUCUGCAUGGCUCCUGCUUCUUCUCGCACUCAAUUCCCACCAUCUGUUUGUGAAAAUGAGCGGCUGGACCUGAACUCCAUAAGGGCUCUUGUUGUUUCCAUCAAUCAGUAUAUUCACGAAUUCUUGAGCAAUGCUGAAGCUAGAAUUGCUCUCACACUGAGAUGCACCUCCAAGCUAAGAAACCAGAGACAUGGCUUUUUUGAAUUCUUGGAACAGUCUAUAAUCUCAAACCUUUACUGGGGUAUUGAGAACGUUGAAGAUGCAGUUCAAACUAGCAUUUCAGAAGAGAGAGCCACUAGGCUUCAGACUGCUGAACAAAUGCUUCAGGUUCCGGCUUUGCUUGACGAGCAUGGCGAGACAUCAGGAACGGAAAAUCGUUAUUUAGUUUGCUGCUCUUACUUCUACCUCUCAGUGGUCAAGAAGCUUCAAGGGGAUGAGUGGCAGGUUGCUCUACAUUUCCUUCAGUCCCUGCUGGUCUCUCCAAGAUUGGUUCUCACGGAAUUCGCUCAAGGAUUUUGCUACAGUCUUCUUCUUUCUUUUGCAACAAGUUCGAGGCAAGAAAAUGGUGAAACCAUGAGGUCCGAUUCUUCUGUAGAAUUUGGAGAGGGUGAUUAUGGUGAAUCAACUAUAAGGCAGGUAGCUAGAAAAUACAAAGACUGGCUGAUGUAUUAUCAGGUCAUGUUGUACGGAGAGACUCAGCAGUGGAAGCAAGAUGGAAGCAAUUCAAUGUUGCCUCCUGAAAAUGGAUCACACUCCAUGAGUGAAGCUUCAAAGGCAACUGAUUGUGGCUUUCCUCUGCCAACUCUUUUCCAUUAUGACAAUAUACAUCCACUUGAUCGUACUGAUGUGAUUCAAGAUAAAACAAAGGCAUCACAAGAUUUUCCCUGGUGUGAAGAUAAAGGGAAUUCCCAAAAGAAAUUGGGUCUCAUCCCAGAACUUCAAUUUAAUGAUAGGGGAUCGUGGAGAGAUUCUAGUACCAAAUACAUCCGAGACCUAUUGAAGGAUUCCCAACCCGGUUCACCUACUUCAUUAUUCUCAUCAAUGAAUGGUUCUGAAAGUGAUAGUGACAUUGAGGAAGGUAUGAACUAUACUAAUCACUCUAAGCGAAGCACAAGAGCAGACCUGCCAGAAAAAUUUUCUCAGAAGUUGCGGUAUGCUUGCACUAAGUCGGAUCCAGAGCAGAGCUUGAUAUCUUUGUCUAGUGCUUCUUUAAGUACUGUGCAGGAACAAUACAUUAAAGUAAGCAUGACGAAAUCCUUCUCAAAGAAAUCCAGUGAUUUCAAGUUACGUAGCAUAGAACAAAAAAACUUAGAACCACAGAUCCUCCAAAAUUGCCUUGAAGAAAGCGAACCGAUGGAAUUGUCGCUAAAGCUAAGCAAAUUCCAGACAUUUGGUAGUGCGAUACCUUCAUUUCUUGGUCAAGGUUCAGCCAGUCAAGUUAGUAACCAGAAUAUUGCUAAAGCGCAAUUAUAUCACUCAAUUAGCGGAAGAGAUUCAAAGAGUGAAAUAUUGGGACUUAUUGAGAAAGCAAUUUCAAGAUUAUGUUUCUCAGAAGGAUUAGGAAACUAUGAUGAAGAGUAUGCGGUGGAAGUUUCGACAAUUUACAAAAUGUUGAAUAGUAAAACGGGAGUACAGUAUACCAUGUUAAAGGAUUUAAUAAUGGACCAAUUGUUGACAAGCAUUUCAACUUCUAAAGAAGAAAAGGUUAUAAGGGCAUCAGUUUCUCUGCUUACAACUAUAAUUUCUGAAAACAAUUCAGUCAUAGAAGAUCUCAAGAAGAAGGGUUUAAAGUUAUGUGAUUUGGCUACUGCACUAAGACAGAAUGUUCAUGAGGCUGCAAUUCUUAUCUACCUCAUCAGUCCAUCUCCAAGGGAAAUCAAGUCCUUACAGCUUCUACCUGUGUUGGUGGAGAUCAUAUGCACCUCAAAAUGUUAUAAUGCUUGGUCACCAUCACUUAUGCUGACUCCUCCUGCAGCAUCGAUGAUGAUCAUUGAAGUAAUGGUAACUGCAUUUGAUGAUGACACAAAUAAAAUGCAUUUGGUGGAAAUCAGCUCGCCAAGUGUACUUUGUGGGCUUCUAGAAGUUGCAAGAACCAACAAUGUUGAAGGUUUGGUCUCUCUAGGCAGUAUUCUUGUAAAAUGCAUGCAACUUGAUGGAGAGUGCAGAGGCUAUAUAUCAAAAUUCAUCCCAGUGGCUCAAUUUCUCUGUCUCUUACAAAGUGAUAAGAAGGAAGCAGUGCAUAUUGCACUUCAAGUAUUCAAUGAAAUCCUUCGUGUUCCUAGGUCAUCUGCCAUUAGCUUAUUACAACGGAUAAACAAUGAAGGGAAAAAUGACAUUAUUCACAUACUAAUGCUUUGUGUCAAUCACUUGCAAACUGAAUAUCAACUCUUGGCAGCAAAUGUUUUGAUACAAUUACUUGUACUGGAAAAUUGCUCCACUACAAGCUUGUUAAAAGAAGAGGCUGUACAGGUCCUUCUCAGGUCAGUGGCAUGCGAAGAGAAAUCUGCUAUGCAGUCCUUGUCUGCAUCCAUUUUGUCAAAUCUUGGUGGAACGUUUUCUUGGACAGGAGAGCCGUACACAGUUGCAUGGUUGCUUAGAAAAGUUGGUUUGAGUUCUGAUCAUCAGAACAUGAUCAAAUCAUUUAAUUGGUUUGACCAAAGCUUGCAGGAUGCUGGCGUGGACUCAUGGUGCAGUCUGAUAGCCAGAAACAUCAUCUGUAUAGGGGAGCCUGUCUUUCAUGCUCUAGACAGGGGAUUAAAGAGCAAGAUAAAGAAGGUUUCUAGGGACUGUUUGACGACAAUUGCAUGGCUUGGAUGUGAGAUUGCAAAGAGCCCAAGUAGCACUAGAUUUUCUGCUUGUGAGAUCUUACUUGGUGGAAUUGAGCUAUUCUUGCAUCCAGGAAUUGAACUUGAAGAAAGACUUCUGGCAUGCCUCUGCAUCUUCAACUAUGCCUCUGGGAAAGGGAUGCAAAAGCUCGCUAAUUUCUCGGAAGGGGUUCGUGAGUCACUAAGACGGCUUUCACAUAUUACUUGGAUGGCAGAAGAGUUGCAUCGAGUAGCAGAUUAUCUUAUGCCCAAUAAUUCACGGAUUUCGUGCGUGCACACCCAAGUUCUAGAGCUGGGUUUCAACAGCAGUGGAGCUGUAUGUGCCCUCAUCUUCUACAAAGGACUUCUUUUCGGCGGAUACUCAGAUGGUUCAAUAAAGGUGUGGAACAUCAAGGGACAAUCGGCAUCACUUCUAUGGGACAUAAAGAAACACAGAAAAGCAGUGACAUGUUUUUCACACUUUGAAUCUGGGGAGAGUCUUCUAAGCGGAUCCACAGAUAAAACCAUUAGAGUUUGGAAAAUGAUACAGGGAAAAUUGGAAUGUACCGAAGUGAUAGAGUCCAAGGAACAAAUCCAACAUUUAGGAGCAUAUGGACAGAUAAUCUUUGCGAUUACUCAUGGCCAUGGGUUGAAGGUGAUCGAUGCAACAAGAACAACAAAAGUUCUUUUCAAGAGUAAGAAUUUGAAGUGCAUCAAGGUGGUUCAAGCAAGGGUUUAUGCAGGCUGCACAGAUUCCAGCAUACAAGAGUUCUCUGUGACAAACAAAUGGGAACAAGAGAUCAAACCACCUUCUAAAAGUUGGAUGAUGAUGCACCACAAAGCUAUCAACUCACUUGCUGUGUAUAAGGACUGGCUUUUUAGUGCUAGUUCAAUGGUUCAAGGCUCGUUAUUUCAGAACUGGAGAAGACAUGACAAGCCCGAAAUGACAAUUGUAACUGGUAAAGGAGAUAUCGUACAUGCAAUGAGUGCUGUCGAAGACUUCGUAUACCUAAUCUCUAAAUCUUCAGCAAACAGCAUUCAGAUAUGGUUGAGAAAGACACAGCACAAAGUGGGGAGAAUUUCAGCUGGUAGUAGGAUUACAUGUUUGCUUACAGCCAAUGACAUGGUUCUCUGUGGCACAGAGACUGGCAAAACUAAGGGCUGGAUCCCCCUGUAGCAAGAAGAUAUGAGUAAUUUUGUGGACUUCUCUACUGCACUGCAUCAACAAGCAGUGAUAUAAUUUGUUUGAUUGAUACAAACACAUAAUCAAAAAGUUUGAUAUAUUUAAAGGAGAGGAAGAAGGAAGUCUGAUCCUUGUUUGCUGCAAAAACUUCAGCUUCAGACCAUGCAAACAAGUUCAAUUCAAUCUUCUUCCUGUUUACAUGAUUUGUGCUAUGAAAGUUGUAUAUUUGUCAUAUUAAUGUUCUUGGAAUUUCAAAUUUUUGUUCUAAAUUGUAAAUUACUGUUUUAAUUAUAGUUAUU